AAAACCAUGUCCAUUCUAUAAACUAGCCACAAUGUCAAUCAAGAAAAAACUAAACCCAUUCACCAUGAAACACACAAAUAAUGUAAUGCAAAUGCCAUCAUGUCAUAUCAAACGCCAUGCCCUGUCUUCCUGUUAUGCAAUCACGCUGCGGCCAGCCAGCCAGCCUGUCACUGCCUUGAUCUGAUCGAUGAUCAGUCAUCACUAAUCAUUCACUCGAUUGUUAAACACGUGAAUAAGCCAACUCCUGUUUGCAAAUAUUAUACCAGUUUGGACUCUUCUGGAUUUCUGUUUUUUUUUCUCGCAUUCUUUUUUUCUUUUUUUUGUGUCCGACGCCGUUGACAUGACACCUUGGAUAAACAGAGGAAGGGAUAAUGAAAAGAAGAGAAACUCAAGAAAACAUGAAGAAGAAUGAAGAUGAAGAAAAAAGAAAGAAAGAAAGAAAGAUGCAAGGGAUAU